AUGGUUAAAAUUAAGAGAGAUUACAAUAUAGUUAACAUUAAUGAUGAUAAUGAUGCUGGUAAUAGUAAUGGUGAUGGUGAUGGUGAUGAAAUUGGGGAUAGAUUAAAUAUUGGGAAUAGCGGAUCUUCGAUGAAUUUGAUGAAGCAAACUGAUAAUAAUGAUGUGGUUGAUCCAUGUAGGGUUAUUGAAGAUAAUGAUUUAUAUGCUACUGAUGCCAAGAAAGUGCUGAGAAAGUUUCAUGAUAAGAUGGUUUACGACGAAGAUGUUGAUGAUAUAAUGGAUGAUAAAGAAAGAGCAAUCAAAACAGAAGAGCUGUCGAAGAUGAUGGGUGAUAAACAUGAGAUGGUUCCACCUGAGAAUUUUAGUCAUGUUGUUGGUGAAAUAUAUCGCAGUAGUUUCCCUCGAAUUGAGAACUUCCCAUAUUUACAGAAUCAAUUAAAAUUGAAAUCUAUAUUAGUGUUGAUACCAGAAGAGUAUCCUCCAGAGAAUCUUGAAUUUCUGGAGAAAUCUGGAAUUCGGUUGUAUCAAGUUGGAAUGAGCGGUAAUAAGGAGCCGUUUGUUAACAUCCCAUCAGAUUUAUUAACAAAAGCUUUAGAAAUUGUAAUAAAUCCAGAGAAUCAUCCAAUAUUAAUACAUUGCAAUCGAGGGAAACAUCGUACUGGAUGUCUGAUAGGAUGUAUUAGAAAAUUACAGAAUUGGUCAUUAACAAUGAUAUUUGAUGAAUACCGUCGCUUUGCAUUUCCAAAGGCUCGUGCCUUAGAUCAACAAUUUAUUGAACUUUACGAUGAUAUAUAUAUCAAGAAAGUAGCAGAAAAAAAUACAUGGUUACCAUUACAAUGGUAA